UACACACUGAUCUCCUUGGUUCAUGAAAAACCAAUUAUUCAUGUAAGUCACAAAGUGAAAAAUAGGAAACUACAUAUUACAAAAACAAAAUAAUCGUUUAAAUUAGAAAAAAAACAUAGCUUAUCACUACUAAAAAAAAGGGCGUUUUCGACCAAAAAAUUUCGACCACAUUUUUGGUCAAAAAAAAAAAAAAAUUGACCACGCGCGGUCGAAAAAUCAAGAAUUUAAUUUUUAUUUUAUUUUCAGUAGGAUUUCGACCACACUGGGUCGAUUUUUUAAAAUGAAAAUAAAAUUUCAACCACGUGUGGUCGAAAUUAAUUUUUGUAUAAAUAAUAAAUGGGAAACGUUUAAAUUAAAAAAAAAACCCAUGUGGUCGAAAAUUGGAUCACAUUUGUAUAUACACACUUCUUUGCAGAUCUGGUCAGCACCACACUUGAUCACAUUUUUAUUUUUUCUUUCUCUCUCUUUCCUCUCUCCCUCUCCUCUCUCUACCCACACCACCAACCCACCGCCCCACCAGCCCAGACCUCAACCCACCGCCAGUCCACCGUCGGCGGCGCAGGGUUUUGCACCAUCAGAGGCUUCACCUUCCCGUCCCAGGUAUCAAACCUGCACGUCUUUGAGGGCAGCCCUUGGUCGGUGUAAGUCUAUUACUGUGACACCAAGGUCUCCAGUUCGACAUGUUAAGCUUUUUGGCUUUGCCUAUCUUGGACCAUUCGGGCAUUUUUUUCACUUAUUGCUGGACAAACUUUUCAAGGGGAAGAAAGACACAACAACUGUUGCAAAAAAGCAUAGAUGUUGCUGAUGAUGGCGCAGUUGAUCCUAAGGAGUAUGAAGCAUCAAGAUGCUCAGCUAACAAGAACACUUAAUUCCUCGGAGGCUAGGAUGUUGGGUAUGCAAGCCCAAAUUAAUAGUUUAUGAUGGAUAUGUUUAAAUGGAUAUGUAUAUUAUCUUUAAGGGUUUGAAUGUAGUUUUAGUUCGAAUUAGAAGUACUUUUAAGUUUAUAAUGUUUAAGUGUUUGAAUAAUGUUUCUGAUGUUUAAGUGUUUGAACGUAGUUUAUGAUGUUUAAGUGUUUGAAUGUAGUUUUAAUUUUUAGUACUUUGAGGUUGAAUUUGAUUGUUUAUAAGUG